GUUGCUCACCUGGGGGCGGGGCUCAGGUAGACGCUGCAGAAGGAGCAGAAGGUGAACGCGGAAGCAGAAGCUCGACGCGACAAACAGACUUGAAUGUUGCGGAUCGAUCGACGGUGACACGUAACAGUCGGACGAUGGGCCUGUGCGACGGCCUGUCCCACUGCAAAGUGGCCCUGGCCUUCGCCGUGCUGAUGGAUGUGCUGGGUGGCGCCGCCCUGCUGGUGGGAGUCUUCGCCCACCUGGAAAUCAAAGGGCAGGACUUCGGAGACUUGCUCGUCUACACCGGAGCCCUGUUUGUGCUGAUGUCUCUGGCCGGCUGGGUUCUGUGGUACAGCGGGAACAUCGACGGCCUGACGUCCAAGAAGGAGCUGGGACACAUCGGCAGCGCCGUCGACCGACUCGCUCGCAACCUGAGCCGCAAGAUCCGCACCUACAGGAUCCACCACUGAGCCCCGAACAUGAAUACAUUAAUUACACGACUACGUUUCUGCUCGUCUCCACGUGUUUGUCAGUAUUAAUAUCAGGUACAGUCACUGAAUCAAACUGAGCCACUACGAACUCCAGUGUUACAAACAUUUCAUCUGAACAAGUUUGUUCUGUUACUGAAUCCAACUGUUUUAUUACGAGUAGUGUUUUUUUUCUACCAUUUUUAAUUAGUGUUUGAAUGUGACUCUUUGAAUUCCGCUGUCAAUGCAUUUCAAUAAAAGCCUUUUUAUACAUUA